AGAGAGAUUUGCAGAAUUCAGAGUAAAUCUCCCAGAGUCCCUUCUGGGUUUCUCCCACACCAGUCCGGGGAGGGAGGACGGGGAUUCCGUGGGGUUUGUUGGGGAUCCCCGCGGGACCCCCCCAGCCCCUUUCCUCCCUGGCUGCACAGCCCUGGUAGACUGGAGCAGAUCUCGAAAGUCAGCGGGGGAAAGCAAGACACCCAAGCGGGGAGGAGAGAAGCGAAGAAAAGGCCGCGGCGGAUCUACUGGCUUGCAGCCGUCCCGGGGAGACGGGCCAUUAGGCAGAGGAGCCAUGGCUCAGAGCUCAGGGAGAGCAGCAGGGCACGGGGGUGUGAACCAGCUCGGGGGGGUGUUUGUGAACGGCAGGCCCCUACCUGACGUGGUGAGACAAAGGAUAGUGGAGCUGGCUCACCAGGGGGUGCGACCCUGUGACAUUUCCAGGCAGCUGCGGGUCAGCCACGGUUGUGUCAGCAAGAUCUUGGGCAGGUAUUACGAGACGGGAAGCAUCAAGCCCGGCGUGAUCGGAGGCUCCAAACCCAAAGUGGCCACCCCCAAAGUAGUGGAUAAAAUCGCCGAGUACAAAAGACAAAACCCGACAAUGUUCGCCUGGGAGAUCCGGGACAGGUUAUUGGCCGAGGGCAUCUGCGACAACGACACGGUCCCCAGCGUCUCCUCCAUAAACAGGAUCAUCAGAACCAAAGUUCAGCAACCUUUUCACCCAACACCAGAUGGGAGUGGGACAGGUGUGACUGCACCAGGACAUACUAUUGUGCCCAGCACAGCAUCCCCUCCUGUCUCCAGUGCCUCCAAUGAUCCAGUGGGCUCUUACUCCAUUAACGGGAUCCUGGGGAUUCCUCGGUCGAAUGGCGAGAAGAGGAAACGUGAUGAAGAUGUAUCCGAGGGCUCAGUUCCCAAUGGAGAUUCCCAGAGCAGCGUGGACAGUUUGCGGAAGCACCUUCGUGGCGACACUUUCACCCAGCAGCAGCUGGAAGCUUUAGAUCGAGUUUUUGAGCGUCCUUCUUACCCUGACGUCUUUCAAACAUCAGAGCACAUCAAAUCUGAGCAGGGUAAUGAGUACUCCCUCCCAGCUCUGACCCCUGGUCUCGAUGAAGUCAAAUCAAGUCUAUCCACCUCUGCUAACCCAGACCUGGGGACAAAUGUGUCAGGACCCCAGACGUACCCUGUGGUGACCGAAAACCUCUCCUCUCCCCUCAGUAUAAAGCAAGAGCCUCAUGGAGCCUCUCUCACCCCUUUCACCCCCACCACGCCGGUCGGCUCUGGGCAGGCUGAUCUUCAGCCCUUCCACAUGGCCCUUUCAGACGAUGCGUCCACGCCUUGCUACAGUGCCUUCCUUCAUCAUGGUGCCCACUUUGGGCAGUCCAGCAGCCAGCCUCUGAUAGCAGGUCGUGAUAUGGCAAGCACCACCUUGCCUGGCUACCCACCCCAUGUUCCCCCAACUGGACAAGGCAGCUACCCAACAUCAACUCUUGCAGGAAUGGUUCCUGGGAGCGAGUUCUCAGGGAAUCCCUACAGCCACCCUCAGUACACGACCUACAACGAGGCCUGGCGGUUCAGCAACCCUGCAUUACUAAUGCCACAUCCCGGGGCUCCGCACCUCCCACUGCUGCCGCUGCCUAUGACCGCCACUAGUUACCAUGGAAACCACAUGAAACUGCAGGGCGACAGCUUAGGCCUCCACAUUGUACCUGUCUGAUCACCUCCCUCCAUCCCUGGGAAGGGUGAAGAGACCUUCUCCGUUCCUCCCCACAGUCCAGUUCCUUCCUCUUCGCCACGAAGGCGCCAGACCGAGCGCUCACCACACGAGACUGAGACCCCCUCAUUCCCCCUGCCCUCCGCCCCCGCGGAAACAGCCUGCAGCCAAGCGGCUUCCCCUGCAGGAGCCCUCCAACACCCUGGGUAAAGCUCAGCCAUGCCAAGUCCCCUCAGCUUCCAGGACUCCAGGGGCACUGGGAAGCAAUGCAGCUGGCAACCAUUGCCUUACAGGACCCCUUUCUGGGAGCGGUAAGGGCCAGGGAAGCACGGGAGAAUGCCGCUUGUGAAACACUGUUCCCCAAAGAUAUACUCUUCUGUGGUGGACUCUUUAUGUAACCUGUGAUGCUCACCCUCUUUCCCUGGACAGAGGGAACAGUCUGGCUAGAGCAAAGAUGGCAGCACCUGGCCCAUCUGGCAAAUGAAGAAAGGACCAAGUAAAGAUCUGCACCCCACGAGGGGUUCUCUGUGCACCUCAUCCCCACUUUCCAGCAUGGAUUCCCCCAGAGUUGGCUGCACCUCACGGGUGGUGACUUUGCAGGCCUGAGUUGGGAAGAACCUCACACAUACACCCACAAUUUCUGUGACACACAAUCAGCUCAGACAGGAGGAUGGAGCAACAUUUACAAACAAACCGACGAAAUGAAGAAAUAUAUAAAUAGAUAUAUAAAUAUAACUGUGUUUUUAUGCUUUGUCAUGAAGGUCUGUAAAAAGGAACAAAAAAAUCCCCAAUUUUCUAAAAAACCCAAGCAAACAAAACCAACAAAAAAACCAAAAUAAUAAUUAAAAAACCCUACAAAAAUAAAAUUCCAAGUCCCAUCCCUCCCCACCACCUGAAUGGCAGACAGAGUUCCUCUGACGUUUGAUGCUCCUCUUUCACUCUAGGGUUUUGUUUCCUUUCUGUUUUGCACUACAAUGGGAUGAUGGUAUUGGAGAGGAUUGGAUGCCAGCUCCACCCAGUCGCCUCCUCCUCCCCCCCCUUUCCCAAAUCCUCUCUCUGGGGAGCAGUAUGGACAAGUCACAUCUGACAAAGUUACCAAAUGCAUCAGUCGACAAAAAAAAAAAGCACUCUGAGGCAACAAACGUUUUCCAUGUCACUGGUUGGCAAACAAAGAAAACAAGCCCAGCUGCGCUCUCACUGCGCUGAGUGGUGGAAAGUGUGGGGCUUCAUGUGGGCCCAUUUGAUUGCCCUCUGGACAGCUGAGACUGAGAUGGACAAAUUCAGGAUUGGCUGGGAUAAUUGCUUGGUUCCCUAGUCCUUAGCCUUCAGUCCUUUUACCUUAAACUCUGUACCUGUGAUGACUUCAAUUCACCUGCAUCCCAACUUUUGCAAUUUUAGAUAUGCCCAACACCCAUUCUCCAGAUCUCCACUGCUGGUGACAACCAUGUCAUUAUCUGUGCUCAACACCUAAUUUUCUAACCAUUACAGCCCUGCUAUAUGGGCCCCCCCUUUGAUUCCCCACCCAUCUGCUCAUACAUCUACUAAUUUAUAGGCCUCCACUCAAAUCCAUAUGCUUGCAUCCUCCCAGCCAGACCCAAUAUACAGUCCCAUCUUUUCAUCUUCAAUCCUGUAUUGUGCACCCUAAUAUCUACCCCUUAUCCCAAAUGCUCACCUGAUGAUUCUCAAGGGAUUCUCUGCUCAUUUUGGUUCACAACUGACGGACAAACCCUGUUCUGCAAAGGCUGAAUGUCAAUAGAAAUGCUUAUUAUCCUGUAUUGUCAGCAAACUCAUAAACUGUUUCUUGCACUGACACUUCCUCAAAAUUACUCAAAGAAAACAUGAAGGCAGCUAUAGCCUGUCCCCAGGGCACCAAGUCUGCCAAAGUAGAUCCUUGUUGUUUUAGAGAUGUUUCAGAUAAAACUCAUGGGCUAUUGUCCAUGGACAAAGACAGGAUUGAGAAUAAAACCUCCAAAGGGCAUAAAAGUGAACAGUGGAGCAAUCUCUACAGCCAACAUCAUGUAUAAAAUCCAAAGUUCCAAGCCUCUGAGGAGAUGUGGUAGUGGACUUGGUAUUCUGUCUCCAAGUUUUACUUGUAUGUAUGAAAUCCACCUUCAGUAAACAGCUGUGUUGAUCCCAAAGGCCCCUUUCACUUAACUUUUUCAGCCGCUGCAUGGCUUUAGCUGAUUAUAGGUCUGUGUCUUCUUUAAUGGGGUGCCCAAAUGAAUAAGGGUGUUUGGGGGGACAUUUACAUAGAAGAUAUAGAGCUAAAAUCUGUUCCUGUACAGAAUAAAAUCCAAGAGGUUACUUCUGAUCUAUUAAAAGUGUCAUUCUGCACAUCUUA